CUCUUGCAUCCGAAGACUUGAUCUGGCAAGCCAGAUAUCAAUGCACGCAGCAACAUGAGGAUCUUAAUCCCUCAACCGAGACAUCACAUGGCUUUCGAGUCGGUGAGACUGUUCCUGUGCAAUGUUGAUACGAAGCACAGUGAAAUCAGUCAUGGUCGAUGGCAGUUAAAAACCGCGGGAUAGCAGGACUUCAGUUCGAGUCCGUUUGGAUUUCGCUCAUCCUGAUAUUCUCCCGCCAUUUAACUUCCUCGUCAACAAACUCCUCAUGACAUCAUCCGUAUGAGCCCGACAAGCAUUUUAGAUGCCGCUGUCACAGAUGCCUCAACCACCUGGGUGCCCGAGAAGCAGCCAGGUGCCGUCGCAGCAGCACUCUGUGUCGCAUUCGCCCUAUUAGUCGGCCUCGUGCUCUACCUCUUCGGAUGGAAGAAGAUCAGAAAGCUGAGGCAUCCACCGCCGCCUCCUCCUCCACCAGCUUCUCUACAUCUUACAACGGCAAAUCAUCACCGCAGUCAGCAUGAUGCAUCCGAUCCGUCGUCUUUGAACCCCUAUGGCUUGCCCAGAUUACCGAGGAAAGCACGGAUGGCAAAGCUGACCUGCGGAAAGCUCGAGUCAUUCGCAAAAGUCGCCGAAGCCAAGACGUGUCCUGUUUGCUUGGAUGACUUCGUGGCUGGAAGUGUUGUUGGACAGUUGCCGUGCGGCCAUGUCUUCUGCUCGGCUUGCAUCGAGCUUUGGCUCCUCAAGCACGCUUACACAUGUCCGUUGUGGUACGUCUCCCGAGCUUAUUUCAUACAACAACUCUCGAUUGCUAAUCUUUGUGAUUCUGUUUCAGCCGCUUCAAUCUUGAGGCUGGCGAAGUGCACUCCAAAACAUGAUGGAAGAGCAUUCAAGGACCAGAGAGUACAUGGGUACAUUGCUCCAGGCAUGGCUUUGAAGGAACUUGCGCUUUGGGAGACUUCUCAGAUCAUCGCGGCCUCAACCAAUACAGCCGGCCUUUGCUCAUAUACCGCCAUGAGAAAUGCCAGGCGUGAAUGCUAUAUACUAGGUCUUGGCUUCAAAAGUACUAAAAGCUCCAUACUAGUAAAUGGCCGUCAGUAUUGGCCGAUCUACGCCAAUGGGUUGGUAAAAUUGUGUUAGCAGAUGCAGCUACAGUCAAUCCUUGAACAAUCUACUUCAAGGACUACUGCUUAAUUCAGCUCAUGUCACUAUCAAUUCUUCUUGAAUCAACCUGCGAACUGAGAAUGUAGAUAGCAAGAACCAAGCCACCAAAGAAUGACCCAAAAACUAGCACAUAUUCGACCUUGAGCCACAGGCUGACGCACUCUAACGGCUGGUUGCCUUCAGGUAUUCAGACCCCUGUGUCUUGAGCGGCAUAGCCUUCCAAGACCCCAAAUCCGCUCGCUAAACACGUUUAUGCCUCCUCGCGACACCUCAAGGCCCCUGAGCAGUGCCAAUCAUAUACAAUACCCAGCAGCAGUGUUACGCCAAGGUACGAUGGGGCAUCGAAACUUGUAUGAUUGCAUACCUGAUUGUAAUAUUCACGAUAAACAAGUAUAGUUAAGAGACCUCUGCCAUACUACAUGUACCCAUGGGCGAUAAUGAAUGUCUUGGUCAAUC